UCAAAGAGCAACGUUAAUAUACCUUUUUUUGAGUUUCUUAAAAGUUAUAGUUUAGAUCAGUGGACGCCUCUAAGGAUACUUUAAUGGAGAAGCUCCUGGAAACCUAUUCAGGCAACAAAACCCUCAGCAAUGGCGACAUGUUCGUGAUGAGCAAUUACUACUGUCCCUUGCUGAUGCUGUUGCUCUGGAUGGCCUCCAUAGGCCUUUUAAUUUGCACCUUUUGGUACUGCAAAUUCGUUAGAUCCGAGACGGUCACCACCUUUGACACCAGCAGCUUUGUGCUAAGGGAAAUGCACAUUAAGGGAUGCACCUGCUUGGACUGCCUGCAUCGCCAGUUAAACCAAGACAUGGAGCUUAAAAGUGUCAAGUAAAACAAAGGAUAACUAAGUUG